CUCUGCACAGACAGCAGAAAUCCCCAAAACCUGCAAACAUGAGCCACGUUAAAAAAGCGAUUAAGAGGAUGAAGGUGGAAAAUGAAUUGGCACGACAGAUUUUAGGAGAGCUCCUAGGAACUUUUGUCCUGCUGCUGUUUGGUUGUGCUGCAGCAGCCCAAGUGAAAACCAGCAGAGAAACAAGAGGGCAAUUUCUGUCUGUUAACAUGGCCUUCUCUGUAGGUGUCAUGUCUGCAAUGUACCUAUGCAGGGCAGUCUCUGGAGCUCAUCUAAAUCCAGCUGUGUCUCUGAGUUUCUGUGUGUUGGGUGAUCUACCUUGGUUUAAGUUGUUGCCGUAUUCUCUGGCUCAGCUGUUGGGGGCGUACCUUGGCUCUGGGCUGGUCUAUCUCAUCUACUAUGGUAAGAAAAUACAGAACGUAUUAAAAAUAAUAUCAAAUAUUUUAUUGAAACUAUCACUUCUCUUCUGUAUUCCACCAGAUGCAAUUAUGGAGUUUAGUGGUGGAGUUCUGACUGUAUUUGGCCCUAAUGAAACUGCAAGCAUCUUUGCCACCUACCCAACUGACGUGGUGUCAGUGCAGACCAACUUUCUGGAUCAGGUGGUUGGUACAGCCAUGCUGAUGUUGUGCAUUCUACCUCUAAAUGAUAAAAGAAAUGCUCCUGCACCUGAGGCACUGCUCCCUCCCAUCGUAGCAACCGUCGUGCUGGGCAUUUCCAUGUCAAUGUCAGCUAAUUGUGGAGCAGCCAUAAAUCCAGCCCGUGACCUUGGUCCACGUCUCUUCAGUCUCACUGCAGGCUGGGGCAUUGAAGUCUUCACAUGCUAUGACUACUUCUUCUGGAUUCCAAUAGUGGCCCCUAUGAUAGGGGGUGUGGUGGGCUCAAUCAUAUAUCUGGUUUUCAUUCAGUGGCAUUUGCCUGAGGUGGAUGAUGCCACCGAAUCUGAAUGCAUAGAGGUUAAAGAUCAAACAAAGGUUGUGGAGCACAAUGACCUGCAACAAUCAUCCAAAAAGGAAGAGUCAUACCUUAAACUAUCAAGCCUUUGAAAACCUCGGGACAGUUCAGUCUGGUCACAGCGUUCAUGUGUAACACAAUUCCGAUUUUCACCAAAGACUUAAAGGAUACUAAGGGAAUUACUGUUUGCUUUACAUCUACAUUUACAUUUAUGCAUUUGGCAGACGCUUUUAUCCAAAAAGACAUACAUUGCAUUAUCCUAUACAUUUGUUUCUAUGUGCAAUCCCCUGGGCUCGAAUCCAAAACCUUGCGUUGUUAACGCAAUGCUCUUACCACUGAGGUACACUGAAAAACAAUGAUUAUGUGCCUUAAUAGAUUUUAUGAAAAUAAAUGAUAAAAAUAUACUUAACAAAAUGAUGUUCCUGUUUUUAACAAAAAUAUAUAUUUAUAUAUUGUUUGAGUUAUUUUAAUUAAACAAAUUAUUAAGUAAAUCAAACUCAAUUUUAUUAUGUUAAACCCAUCUAAAUUGGUCAAAAUUAAGUUUAUUUAUUUAUUUUGUGUGGAGACUAAAUUUUUUUUUUUUUUAGAUAUGACUAGCUUGGCAGUUGAUCUUUAGUUCCCAGCCAUACUUUGUAUUUGACUGCUUCAGGAGAUUCAUUUUCAGGAUAACCGUCAUUUUAAGUGAUUUUUAGUAAAUAGAAAGACUUCUUUGUGUUUUAUGUAGAUUUAUCUUUGAGAUUUAGAAGAGUUUUGUUAUUAUUUUUAAGUUUUGAGCAGUGCUUAUGCCUAGGCUGAGGGAGGCACACUAUUAGUCAUGAAUUGUGUUAUUUAAUUUAUUGAGCAGUAAUUGUGUUUAUGCCAGUACAGAGACAACCAGUCUCUUCUUACUUGACAUCUAUGUUGUAAGUAACUGUUUGAGUUACACACAUGAUUUUGUUGAGCGACAUUUUUUUGUUUUCUUUAAAUAACAUUUACUUGAUAUAUUAACAAAAAAGAAAUGUAUUUAAUAAGUAGAAUUAACGUUAUUCUGGUAAGUAAGUUGUACUUGAAAUAUAGUAGCAAAUUUUACUUAAAAUAUUUUUAUGCAACGAUUUUAUUAAGUAAAUUCUACAUGUAAUUUUUUUUCAGUGUAUCACUUGAUAAAGUGCUGAAUUAAAAUGUAUAUACAGAAGCUCAUAAAGUGUAUUAAAAAACUUUUUAUGUCCCUAUAUAAUAUUUCCUUAGAUUUAUUGUUAGACUGGUGGCAGCUACAAUACAAUGAGGCUUAGUAGUUCUAUACCAUCUAAAAGUAAAAUACACAGUUCCAAUACACAAA